UGGUUUAAGGCGUUGUUCUGUGGUAAUGAAAUAAUAAUAACCAAAAAAUGUAAACAUCAUUCUAUAAAUAAAAUCAAAAAUAAAUGAAAAGCUUUUUUAGAACAUACCGUAGAUCCAAAUUUCAAAGAGGAUCAGAAAAAAUGGAAGAAUGGUUCAAAAAGCUCGAGGAGAAGGGAAAGAACACCGGAGACAACUUGAUCCUGUGGAUGAAGGAAGCCAAGGUAGUGACCGACAAGGCUUCCGAGGAUGCUGCUCGGAAAAUUAUGAAAGCUGAGAAAGACCAGAAGGUGACAUGGGAGCGGUUCAGCUCGGCCGUGCAAGAGGCUGCUGAGAGGAACCGGCAGACGGCGCAGCAGUACCAGAAGCAGCUGGCGGAGUCACAGUUCGCGGGCGCGCUGAAGGCCGGCUGGCAGGCGUUUGAAGAGCACAUGAAGAAGAAGUGAGGGGAGUGGAAGGUUUUAUGUUGUAGUGUUGGUGUUGAAUAAAUAUGAAGUUUUGAUAACAUGUGGAA